AUGGAGCCUACCACAGUCAUCAGAUGCGUUUCCACUUUGAUCGAGACAUUUUCCGAGGGUUCACGACACUACACGCACUGGAAAUCGCAACGCUCCAGACAGAACCAUUACCAGUUAUCACGGUCCAGUAGUCAAAAAGGCAAAGGGGUUGCUUGUGCUCUGGCAACCUCAUUUGACGUCGCAGGAACUCAGCUCAAAGAAACGUACGACAUUGCAUUCUCUAUUGUCGGAUCCGACUUCUCCGUAGGCGACACAACAUGUCGAGAUAUACUCUGUGAUCAAACAUUCAAUCUCCGCAGCCGGGUUACUCACCUGCGCCGGGCUGCCAACUCCGUACAUCUGACUGCUACGCUCAGCAUAUCGGAUAUCCUUCAGGUAUCUGAAUCUGUCCGCCUCUCAUCCGUGAAAGCGCUGGCUGGACUGUAUGGACGCAUUGCAGCCGGUCGCCCCAUCCCCAGAGACCUUCCAGUACCGAAACCCAGGUCACGACAAAGCAGUCUUCUGUCUCGGGCACAUGAAAUUGUUAUUUCUAAUAUCGAAAACGGAAGCAACGAUGACGAUAUGAAAAAGCCGCUGGCUGACUGUGUAGAGCAAAGUCGUCUCCGGUCUGAUCCGCCUUCCCCUCCGCCGACUCCGCCGAUUUCUAAACCCAUUGCCAGCGAUUCUGCGUCUGUAUUUGCCCCAUCCACGCUUGCUCCCUCUGAGGCCGGCGGUAGCAGUAGCGGCACAUUUAUAUUCCGCCCGAAGGUCAGCGUCUUCAGCAUGUUCUGUCCGGAGGCCAUGAUGCUUCAGGUCGACCUCACCAAACCGGUCCCAGUUACAAAGAAGUGCAAAUGUGGCUAUCGUUGGAAACCGCUUCCUAACGACAAUAACGGUUCUAUAGUCCUCAAAGAGGGAUUUCGGAUGUCGAGCCGAUUUCUUGCCAAGUCACACUCUAACAAAGGCGUCUUUGGGUGCAUUCUCUGCGUCCCGAGCGGUAUUACAGAGUCGUACGAUUCACCCGCGUUAUUAGCCGCACAUAUCAACUCCUCUCACACCAAAUGGCAAAUCCUUCAUGAAAGAGAUAUCACCUAA